UUCCUUAGCUUUGCCUCCAAAACUCGAUCUAUAAAAGGCCCCCAAAUCACAAGAGAAAAUCGAAAUAGAAAGCAAUACCUAAUUUCCUUCUUCGUUUCUUUCCCUCCUUCCCUUUCAAAACCCUAAGCUCCUCCCUCGCCUCAGAUCCAAUCUCACCUGCAUCACUUUCCUCCAUGUCCGGCAUCGACAGCUCGAGCCUCGCGGAGAUCCUUCCUCGCCCGCCCAAUCGGCAGUUCAAAUUAGGUUCUGAGGAUUUCCCUCCUUUUCGAUGCGUAGUCGCCGGCGUCACUGAGAAGGGGAAGGUGUUGGUGCCAUCCGUUAAUCCGUUCAGCUGCGCUCUACCGAUGAGCAAUGAUUCUAUUAGGAAAAAUGACAGAGCAACGGUGUUUAAAGUCCAGCCUUGUGAAAAAACAAUAAAAGAAGAGCAGAAGGAAGCAAUUGAUGAAAAGAUUCUUCUACCUAAGUCAGGAAAAAAUCACAGGAAAAGGAGAAAAUCAAUCGCUCCGUUACCCAAAGCAUGUGAAGUUCAAGGUUCUGAAUCAGCCGAUGGAUCCAGUUUUAUUGGAUUGGGUGCUUCUAAUAGCAGUCGGUAUGAUAGUUCCCUAAGUUUGCUGACAAAGAAGUUUCUCAAUUUGCUUUUGGAGGCUGGUGAUGGCACUCUUGAUCUGAAUAAAGCAGCACAAGAGUUAGAUGUUCAAAAGAGAAGGAUGUAUGACAUAACCAAUGUUCUCGAAGGCGUGGGCUUAAUUGAAAAGGGCUUGAAGAAUAUGAUACGAUUAAAGGCUACCCACAUGUCAAGACCAAAGGAGAUGGAAGAAUCUAGAGCUCGCUUGAGGGCUGAAAUUGAGAUUAUGAGUAAAGAAGAGCAUAGAUUGGAUAGGUUGAUCAGAGAAAGGCAAGAGCAACUAGCGGUUUUACUUCAAGAUGAAAACAACAAAAAGUGGCGUUAUGUUACCCAAGAAGAUAUAAACGCCCUUCCUUGCUUUGAGGAUUCAACUUUGAUUGCAAUUGAAGCUCCACAUGGCACCAUAGUUGAAGUUCCAGAUCCUAACGAGAGUUCGGAAUUUCCACAGCGGCUUUCUAUGGUUUUGAGAAGCUCCAUUGGUCCCAUCAAUUGCUACCUCUUAAGUGAUUUUGCUGACAGCCGACAUGAGGAAAGAUUUGGAUCUUCGCAGACCGAAGGAAUGGAUUUGUGCUCCAAGCAUAGUUGCCUUCCAAUGGAUGAAAUAAUGACUGUGUUUCAUUCAAAUGCUAGUAAACAACUUGCUUCAGAGUCUCCCAAUUCGCAAGAAUCUUUGAGCGGUAUAGUGAAAAUCGAGCCUUCAGAUUUAGAUAGGGAAUCUGAUUACUGGUUUUUAUCAGAACUGGGAGUCAGACUUGCUGAAAUAUGGAGUGGAUAACAACAUUUGUUAUUCAGAUGUAUGCUUUUGUGCUAUUCCAGUCCUGGCGACAGCAGAAUGGCCGUAUGGAACAGGUAGAUAAAGCAUCCCUAGAUAAAAUACUGGAAAACAAAAAUGAUCAAAUUGGUCAUCAGACUAUUCAGAAUGUGAUGCUAUUGACUCUUAAGAUUUUUUUGUAAUUCUCCAAUUUCAUCACAAAAUAAAUUUAUUUUGUGAUCAAAUUGAAGAACAAAAAAAAUUCUGGGUCGAAAUUAGCACACCCUGAAUAAUCUGUAGGCUGAUGCGAUCAAUUUUUCAUUGCAUGCUGAUCUUCAUGUAGAAAGAGAAUUUCUCUUAUGAUGGAAAUUUGACUAUGGUAAAUUUGAAAUUUUUUAUUUAUUUUAAGAUUUGUGCAAUAUAAAAAUUUGAUUGAUUGUUCUUAUAUUGCACUAAUUUUAAAGUAAAUGCGAGAAUUUUAAAACUCCUUGCAAAAUUUUGAUCAGAGUUAAAUUUUCUCCUUAUUUGACGAUGUGCUCCUAAUGUAAAUAUGAUCAGUUUCUUUUGCUUCUAAAUAAGCGAUUUGCUCAUCUUUGAAGUAAAUUUUAUGAGGGAGAUAUUGUAGUGUAAUGUCGUGUGCUUGUUAUGUUUGAGAACCAGUUUGUAUUGAUCCAAUUUCAAAUAAUUUUCAGAUUC